AUGCACAUUUCCACCUCUUCAGAGAUGGAUCAGGACACUGCCGCCAAGGAGAAGGCCAAGUGGCAAAGCUACAGCUUCUGGAGCUGGUGCCCGUCCAAACAUUCGCUUCGCGGUACAAGCAGCCAGAGCAGCUGGAGGAAGGACCCCUGCAGGCAGCGUGGCGAUGGCGUGGAUGGCGUCGUCGGUGUCCUCACCGGCCUGAAGGACGACUUCUCCCAAGAGCUGACACAGCUGGAGGCCGACGAGGUCGCCUCCGUGAAGUCGUACGAGGAGCUAGCAGCAGCCAAGACGGCUGAGAUCAAGGCUGGUACCACGCAGAUCGAGGCCAAGAAGGAGGAGCGUGCGAGCACCAACGAGGAGCGCGCCAUCAAGAAGCAGGAGAUCAAGGACACCGAAGGCAUCUUCGGGUCCGACCUGUCUUUCGUCGGCGAGGUCAAGAAGCAGUGCGCCGAAAUGGACGCCCAGUGGGAUGAGCGACAGAAGACGCGCGGCGAGGAAUCGCAGGCGAUCUCCAAGGCGAUUGAGAUCUUGGACGCGGAUGAGGCGCACGCCAACUUCGAGAAGUCCUUCGCGACCUCCUUCCUCCAGGAAUCCGCUGUCAACGAUCGCGCCUCAAGGGCUGCAGAGGUCCUGGCUGCGGCUGGCCGCAAGGAUCCACGUAUGGCGGCCCUGGCGACGCAGAUGAAGCUGGACAAGUUCGUGAAGGUGAAGAAAGCCAUGGAUGACAUGGUGUUUGCCCUCCAGAAGGAGCAGGAGGACGAGGUGAAGCAGAAGGACUUCUGUGUGGAGGAGUUCCGGGAGAACAAGCUGAAGACGGAAGACAAGACGCGCUUGAAAGACACGCUGGUGGCCAAGGAGAAUGCCAUCGACAUCGAGACUCCCAAGACCGAGCAGGAGACCUACGAGGGCGAGGUGGCCGAGAUGCAGAAACAGCUGCUGCUCGCGGGCCAGAACCGCGAGAAGGAGAACACCCAGUUUCAGAAGGUCAUCGAGGAGCAGCGCGAGACGCAGAGGCUCCUCAAGGAGGCGUUGGAGGUGCUUGGAAAGUUCUACAACAAGGAGUCGUUGGUCCAAGUCCACGCCGAGGCUGGCCCCGAGACACCGGGUGGCUUCGAGGACUACAAGAGCAACGGCAAGAGCUUUGGUGUCAUGACGAUGCUCCAGACGCUCAUCGACGACUCGGCGGCCAUGGAGAAGGAGGCCAUCCGGGCAGAGAAGAGCGCACAGACGGCAUACGAGGGCUUUGCAGCCGACACCACCGACUCGGUUUCCAAGAAGGAGGCUGCCAUUGCCAGCAAGAAGGCUGAGAAGGCGAAGCUGACGAAGACCCUCAGCCAGACCCGGAAGGCCCGGAAGGGGGCCGAGAAAUCCCUGGACAGCCUCGUGCAGACGAAGUCCGAUCUCCACGAGAGCUGCGACUUCCUCCUCGAGAAUUUCGACGCCCGCCAGGCAGCGCGCGAGGACGAGAUGGACUCGGUGAAGAAGGCCAAGGCCAUCCUCUCUGGGGCCACCUUCGCCGAGAUCCAGCUUGACUGA